AUGAUGGGAGACCGAUCACGCAGUAGGUCCCCUGACCGGCGAGAUGAUGGCGACCGAGGUCGACCGAAAAAGACCGGAGGAUUUCGCUGGAAGGAGAAGCGGCGCGACGACGAUGACCGCGGUGACGAGCGCAAACUAGAUCGAGGCUACAGAGACCGAAACGAUCGUCCUCGCUCACCGCGCAGAGAACGCGACGGCGACAAGAACAGAGAUGGCGACCGUGACCGCGACCGACGACGCGACGACCGAGAUGCACCACGGGAAGGCGGCGAGAAGAAGGAGAAGAAGGAAAAGAAGAAGAAGGACAAGAAGCCGGCUGCAAUCCCUUGUCUGGCAUCAGAUCCAAUCAAACUAUUCAAGGCUUAUGUAGCUGCCCGCAUAGGUCGUGAGCCUCAUGAAAUUCUUCUCAAACGCCAGGGCGAGCGUCCCUUCAAGGACCAAUUAACGUUAGAGGAUUACGGAGUGAGCAACGGAGUACAACUUGACUUGGAGGUCGGUACCGGAGAAUGA